AUGAAUUUGUCAGAAACUAGCCACACGUUCAAUUCAAAGGAGGGUAGCUGGGGAUUCCCAUAUUACAUAUCUUUGGAUGAACUUUGUGAUUCUAGUCUCGGGUUCAUUUUAAAUGAUACUUGUAUAAUUGAAGCUCAUAUAUUGGUUCAUAUAUUGGUUCAUAUAUUGGAGCAUGAGAAACAAGUUGAUGAAUCAGACAGGAACAUCGACAAUAAGCUUGUUGAAAGCAUUGAGAAUCAUUCACCCAUGGAAACGAUUUCAACCUCAUCAUUUGUUGAGGUGGAUUUUAGGGGCAUGGGAAAAGUAGAAAAAGAUUUUAUUCCUUUAUUGGAAGAUGUUUGUUCACGAUAUCCCUUACUUCUGGAUAAUAAGAAAUGGAGAAGUCAAAAAUUUAUUGAAUGGGCUUUAACAGCUUUGGGUAGAGUUCUUUAUUUUCUCGAUUCUAAAAAGGUAAGAGACAUGGAUGAUGAUGCUUGCAAUCAUCUCCAAACUUUAUGGGAGGAACUUGAGACUUUUGGAUUUGAUUUAACAUGGUUGAAACCUCAUGUUCAAUCUGCCUUAGGUAUGAAGACUCGUGUUGAGAGAGUUCUUGAGAUUAAAAGGUUGGAACAGAAUGUGACUUCUUUAGAGGAGAAAACAAAGGCUAUGAGGACAAAUAUGAUCGAAGCAGAGGUAAAUCUUGAAAUAACAAGAAGAGACUUGUUUAAAGCAAAAGAAGAUUUUGAAAACUGUGAUUUGGAUAGUGAACUCGGUUAUGGAAAACCAUGA